CCUUGUCUAAAACCCCUAGAUUGGUAAGAACAUCUCUGAAGCUGAACGUCGCCGGUUGGAAAAAUCUCUUCAAUUACUCAUUUCCCCCGGCUGUUUCCACAAGGUAUCGGCCGUUCAAACAUUCCAUGCGGUUGUUUCCGAUUCCAUUACUCUCACACGUGAGAGGAUUGGUCCGAAGAGCACCUUCUCCGCGCAUGUACGCGGUUCCCGCACUCGCCUGUACGAACUCCACGAUCUCACACUCCGAGGAGCAAACGAAAGAAGGUAACUUUGAGGUUGUUAAAUCCCUGGAGCUAAACGAAGUAGGGGUUUUAAGAGUGUUAACCACUAUGAGGGACGAUCCUUACCUCGCUCUCUCGUUUCUGAAACGAAUCGAAGGGAACGAAGGGGCUUCUCUGCCUAGCGUUAGUGCUUACGCAGCUGUGGUUAGGAUCGUUUGUAGUUGGAGUUUGGAUGAGAAACUGAGUUGUUUGUUCGUGGGGCUCAUUAGAAAAGGAGACCAAGGGCGUGGGUUUAGUUUUGCUGAUUUGUUGAAUGCAGUUGGAGAAGCUGAAGAGGGUGAUGAGAAGUUGGCUUUUUUGUUGUUGAGUAGAGUCUCUAGUGCGUUGGUUAAGGCUUACGCUGAGAUUGAGAUGUUUGAGGAAGCUGUUUAUCUUUUCCGGGAGAUAGAGGAGUUGAGGUGGGAUGCGGAUGCGGGUGCUUAUGUCGUUGUGGUUCAGGCGUUGCGUAGGAAGGGAGAUAGCGAAGGAGUGGAGAAGCUUCUUAGCAAGUUGUUGAGCUUAGAGACGAGGAGGAGGCAUUGUUUUUUCUAUAUGGAUUUCAUCGAAGGGCUCUGCGUGAAUGAGAUGUCGCUUGAAGCUUAUACUCUACUCAGACCACUGAGGGAUGCAGACAUACUGGUGGUGGAUGGGAGUGAUCUCGCAGUGGCGUAUAGCAGAGUGAUCCGGGGUUUGUGCAAUGAGAUGAAGUUGGAAGAAGCUGAGAGCGCUCUUCUCGACAUGGAGGGAUGUGGGAUUGAUCCGGACGUGUCUCUUUACUCAGCUGUAAUGGAAGGGCAUCGCAAGAACAUGAGUUUCUCUAAAGCUCUGCGUUUCAUUGUCGAUAAAGGGGCCAAGCAAGGGAAGAGGAUCAUAAACCCUGUGAUCGCAAGCUCCAUCCUUCAGUGCUGUUGUCAGAUGGGGAAGUUUUCGGAGGCUUUCGAUCAGUUUGUAGAAUUUAGAAACCGUAACAUUCCGCUUGAUAGGUUCUGCUACAACGUCGCCUUUGAAGCUUUGAUAAAGCUCGGCAGAGUAGACGAAGCUAUUAAACUCUUCCGGGGAAUGAUAUGUGAAGGGAUAGCUCCUGAUGUUGUCAACUACACGACUUUGAUAGGUGGUUGCUGUCAACAGGGUAGAUGUUCAGAAGCAAUUGACUUGGUUAUGGAGAUGGAAGCCAAAGGGAGACCACCAGAUAUCGUUACUUUCAACGUACUCGUGGGUGGAUUCGUUAGGAAUGCACAGAAUGCGUCUGGUAUUUUAAAACUAAUGGAAGAGAGAGGUGUGAAGCCCACUUCCGUUACACACAAGAUGGUCAUCCAAGGCCUGAUCGUUGCAGGUAAAAUAGACGAGGCUGAAGCUUUGUAUCAGAGCUUGGAUGAACAUAAUAAAUCUAGGGGAAGUGUGGCAGGAGGUAUUGUGAAAGGUUACUGCGAAGCUGGCCGUCUCGAUGAGGCCUUUGAACGGUUCGUUAGACUGGACUUCCCUCUGCCCAAGAAUGUAUAUUUCACACUGUUCACUAGUCUUUGCUGCGGCGAGGAUAAUAAGCAUCAUCACAUCGACCAAGCUCAAAAGCUAGUGGAGAGAAUGUGGGAGCUUGGAGUUGAGCCUGUGAAGAGCAUGUACGGGAAGCUAAUCGGUGCUUGGUGUCGAGUUGGCGACGUGAGGAAAGCCAUGAGGUUUCUUAAAGUUUUGAAAAGCAGAGAGAUAGUCCCUGAUCUGUUCACUUACACGAUCAUGAUCAAAACCUGUUGCCGGUUAAACGAGCUGGAGCGGGCAGAUGCUCUUUUUAGAGACAUGAAGAAGAGAGGAAUCAAACCUGAUGUGGUAACGUACACAGUUCUGGCCACGAGAAAUCCGAAAAACAUCGACAAAGAGAUGAAAGCGUGCGGUGUUAAAGCAGACGUUUUCUACUACACGACCAUGAUCAACACUUACUACCAGUUGAACAACGAGAAGAAAGCCCGUGCCGUCGCUCAAGAAAUGAAGAGGGGAGGGAUCGUACCUGAUGUGGUGACGUACACAGCCUUGAUCAACAGCUAUUACAGGUUAAACGACCAGAAGAAAGCGUAUGAUCUUUAUCAAGAAAUGAGGAGGAGAAGGAUCCGUCCUGAUGUGGUGACGUACACGGUUUUUCUCAGUCACGGCUGGGAGUUGGAUGCGAAGAGAGGGAUGAAAGCCUCUGGGAUUAAACGAGACGUUCACUACUACACGGUUUUGAUUCAUCGCAAGUGCAAGAAUGGGGAAGUUGAAGAGGCGGAGAGGAUGUUCCAAGAAAUGAAAGAAAGUGGAGUGGAGCCUGAUGUUGUGUGUUACACGGCGAUAAUAGCUGGUUGUCUUAGGAAUGGAUAUGUACAUGAGGCGGACAGGUUUUGGCAAGAGAUGCUGGGAAAGGGGAUUGAGCCACCAACUGAAUAUUCAAAGAAUACUAAAUCUAACACCAAGAGACUUUCAUCUCGGCAAAGAUCCAAGAAGCCUAUAUUGGAAAGCUCAGGUGAGGUACAGAGUUCACUGUUGAUGAUCAGUUGAAAAUAAAUAAAAAAUGGGAUCUGCAUCGGGGUAAAUGUGUAUGUGAGCUGAACUGUUUUUUGAGAAGUACUAACUAGUUCAGGGGAUAUGUAAAUUAGAUGAGAUGUUCCAGUAUUGUAUAUACACAGAUUCUUUUGUAUUAAUAUGCUGCAAUAGUGAAGAAUCUCACUAGAUCAA